CCCCUCCCCUCCCCCGCGCCUCAGCCGACGAAACCGACCUCUCCGACUUCGACUUCCCCGACUACCCCGGCUUCACCUCCUCCGACACCGACGACGACUUCGACGCCCCGCGCGGGCGCUCCGCAUCCGCAUUCGACGACGGCGGCACGCUCCGGCGCAAGAUGAACGGGACGGAACAGCUCACGAUGCGCGCGCCGCGCAGGGCGCUCGUGGACGAGCGGCCCGCGAGCGCCGUCAGUGCGAGCGAUGCGCGGCCGUUGAGCGCGGUGAGCGAUAGCCGCCCGAUGUCGUCGUGGGCGGACCACGGGCACGGAUCGCACGCGCAUUCGUUGUCCCAGACGCUCUCCGGCGCACCCUCGCCUUCGCUCGCGGCCGUGGCCAAACCGCAUCCGGGUGCAAUACCGCCUCCGCGCCCGCCCAGCACGACCUCGCACAUCCGACACCCCCAUCCUCAUCCGCGCGCGAUACCCGCAUUACCGCACACGCCGACGUCGCCACAGCUCCCGUCGUCCGCGACGCCGACGAACAGCGCGUUCGCGCCGCCGCCGCAUCCGCCGAUCCCGCGGUCGGUGUCGCCGGAGAUUGGCGGGGUCGUGAGAGGGCGGGAGAUCUGGGCGCAGACGCAGCCGUUCGUCGUGCUCGAUUCGCAUGCGCCGAACGCUGUUCCUGCGCCUUCGCCCGCUGCGAGAAGGGCAAGCCAGAGUCCGAGUGUGGUGAGGAAGGCGAGUUCGAGUCAGAGUCCUGGGGUUGGGGUUGGGAGGAAGGGGAGUCGGAAGGAGAGGGAGAAGGAGGAGAAGGGUGUAGUGGAGAGGAAGAGCAGUGUUGUGUCGAGAAGGACGGGGCUGGAUGCUGGAUCGAGGGAUGAGGGUGCGGGGAGAGCGAGUACAAGCUCGGAGGCUAGUACGGCGAGCAGGUCUACGACGACUGCUACUGUCACCGGUCCCAGUGCUAGCGCGACGCCACGGACGAGUUUCGCGAGUGAGGUUGAAGGCCAAGGACAAGGGACUAGCAAAAUAUCGUUCCCUACACCCUCCGCACUCGCACCGAGCAACUCGUUCUCGUCCGUCUCAUCUGCCGCUUCAUCAUCUUCAACCACAGCCUCAGCCUCGACCUCAACAUCACUCUCGCCCUUCCCCACCCGAUUCCCAACAACGACCGAGCUCGCACCCGGGAUCGAAACCCCCGCACCAGGCAACGGCGCCUCGGCUGGACUCAACGUAAAUCGGCUGCCGAAUAAGACUCUGGCGUUCGAUUUGCAGAGUCUGAAUUUGCAUUUGAGUAUUCGGGUUAGUGAAUUGGUCGCGUGUAGGGAGGCAAUGUGGGAGUGGCUUGUUAGGUGGCAGGAGAAGGAGCGGGAGAAGAGUGCGGGUGGCGGGGCAGGAGGAGGGGGAGGGUGGAUCGAGGAGGAGUUGAGGGGGAUGAGUAGGGCUGAGUUUGAGGGGUUGAUCGCGCGGUUCGAGAUGGAUAUGCAAGACAACAUCUCCCUCGACGCCCGUCUGGCGGGUACAUUCGCCUGGCCGCGCCCUGCAUCCAUCGCGCGCACGCCCGAGCGCAAGCAGUUCGACGCCGCGUGCCAGAAAUGGGCGGAACAUGUUCGGAGCGUGCCGCUGGAGAGCCCGGAGAGGGCGGGUGAGAGGGCGAGGAUGGGCGGGAGGAUGAGUCGGACUAUACGUGUGUUCUGCGCGUGGAAGUGA